CUGACAUGGCCUCGGCUCCGUUUAUGCGCAAUUAAACGCUUCUGCUAGCUUUCGGGGACUUAUGUUUGUCUUAUACUCGUGUUUGGAAAUUAAAACUGCAGGAGCUAGGAAAACAGGUUUGACAGUACUUCAAUGGACAAGAAAGUCUAAAUGUUUAAAGAUUAGAAUUCAACCUAAGAGAUAAUCGUCCUAAUGAGAUUGGAGGAAGAACUGUACACUUGCAGUUGAAGGUAGUCGAACAAGAGCUUAAACACAUUUAUCACUUCAUUGAAAAUUUUGAUAAGUGUGUGACCGCCUGGCGGCGCUGGUCUCCUCGUGAACGGCGGAGCAGUUGCCACCGAUCGAAGACGAAUUCUCUCUCCCUCCUCUUGCCCUCCUCUGGAACCAUUUCAUCUCUCAGAGCGGAAAACGCCCAGUCGGGAUCCGCGGCCUCUGCGAUGCGGGCACCCCCGCAAAUCACAAUCAAACGCUCAUUGACUGCUCGCUGAGAGAGCGACACUUGAAGGUGUUGCGCAGACGAGACCUUCACACAUGUUUUUGCAGACGAUUCGGCUCGUUUUGUCUCUCACUGAAGAGUUGAGAAAAUAACUGAUCGCUCGCAACAGGUGGUCGAAGAAUCACGCCUACGAAACCAGCUGGAGAGUGCUUCCCGAAAAUGUUUUCGAAUCAUUUCUAUUCUUAUUCCACCAAUAUCAGAACAAUACCGGUACCAGUUUCUACUGAUGUUAAAUUAUAUACGUGUUGUGAUCGCACGAUUCAAUGCACCUAUGUUUAACUUUACACAAAAAACAAUCUACUCACUUCAAAAUAUUUGAGAAAUUAAGCCAUUAGAAAAAUGGAGGAAAUAACAUUUGAAGAUACUACGAUAUUUCCUUUUCCCGGUAUGAACUACUCCGAUUGCGAUUUCUACUUCAAUAACAGUGAUUUCAACAUCAGCGAUCUGAACGCCACUGGCUGCAACAACACGCUCCAGUUUUUUCAGCGAGAAAGGCAUCCCUAUAUCAUCCUAGAGUUCGCUAAAAUACUCUACGGAAUUGUAUUUCUGGUAGGACUGUGUGGCAACUCUCUCGUUCUCUACGUCGUAUUACGUUUCUCAAAAAUGCAGACUGUGACGAACAUGUACAUAUUCAACCUCGCUCUGGCCGACGAAAUGUUCUUGACGGGACUUCCUUUCCUCAUAACUACCAUGACUUUCAACUACUGGCCCUUCGGUCGACUCAUGUGCAAGAUGUAUAUGACCACGACCUCCAUCAACCAGUUCACCAGUAGCUUAUUGCUGACUGUGAUGAGUGCAGAUCGUUAUGUUGCCGUUUGCCACCCUAUAUCUUCCCCCAGGUAUCGUACCCCGUUCAUUGCCAAGUUCAUCUGCUUGACCGCGUGGACCGUGUCCGCGCUACUGAUGGUUCCCAUUUACAUCUACGCGAAUGUUCUUGAAAAUGGAUCUGCCAUAUCGUGCAACAUCUACUGGCCUGAGAGUGCUUUCAUGAAUGGCCAGAAGGCUUUCACCCUCUAUUCCUUCACCCUCGGUUUUGCCAUUCCUCUGGUGCUCAUUCUGCUCUUCUACUUUUUAGUUAUCUGCAAAUUGAGGACUGUUGGACCAAAGAACCGUUCCAAAGAGAAAAAACGGUCUCAUCGGAAAGUGACUUACCUUGUUCUGACGGUCAUAACCGUCUACGUCAUAUGCUGGCUGCCAUAUUGGAUAACCCAAGUGUACAUCACCCUCUUGCCACCGAGGCAGGGGCAGGGACAUUUGGGGCUCACCAUUAUCUUAUUGGCCGGGAGUCUGUCUUACGCCAACUCGGCGAUGAAUCCCAUCCUGUACGCAUUCCUCAGUGACAACUUUAAGAAGAGUUUCGCCAAAGCAUUUACCUGCGCUGCGCGCAUGGAAGUCAAUGCUCAACUGAAUGUGGAAAACAGUGUUUUCCCUAAACAUACCCGCAGUGGAUCUUCCAGAGCUCAAAUGAAUAGGGAUCAAAAACCGAGGAACGAACUAGAACCAUCCACUGCGAUAACUUUGACAUCUAGGUCGAAUAUCGUAGUAUCUAGUGACAAAGACAAUUCGGUGAGGAACGGAAUUUAUAAGCAGCAGCCAGAGACUGAGGCGACGCAGGUGUGAGGAAUUUUUGAGCUACUAAAGAAAACGGAAAGUUAAAAUUCAAAUUUUCGGGGGAAUUUAGUAGGUUUUUUAAAAAUAAGACAGCAACAUGUUUUUCAACGACAUAUUUUUAAGUCCUUAUCUCUUCAGAACAAUGCUGUCAGAAACUAAAUGCGAAUGAAAUUGUUACAAUUUUACAAAUAUCUGAUGAACAGAUAAACAUUCCGCGUUUUUCGUAAGAAAUGAACUGUUUUUUACUGAAUUUCUCCAGCGACAAAAUAAGUACAACAUAGUUACACAAGCACACGCGUCCAAAUGAAUUUAUAGCGAGAAUAUUAUUCCCAAGAAAAUACAAUUUGAUGAAAAGUUCAAAAAUAAUUAGACUCUCAGAUUAGGAUCCGUUUUUUUUACCUUUCAAACUUUCUAAUCCUUAUCAUUUAUCUGUUUUAAUAGUACUUACUCUUUGUUUUUGGAACUACAUGAAAUUUUAGUUUGAACUAUUUUAACUAGUUUAAAAUGUUCAAUCCCUGGUUCCGAAAAUGUUACGUCGUACAUAAACAGAUGCUUAACCACAUCUUAUUACAAGUUUUAUUACAAAUAUAUCCAGUUAUGCCACAGAUGGAAUAGACAAUAAAAUGUCAAGAGUAUUAAAUUCUCUUGUGUAUCCUCCCCCUCUACUGAAGGACCAAUGAGAUGUUUGGAUGUACAAAGUGUCCGUUCCGACAUUUCUUCAAAUGAAGCGAUGUGUUAAUAGCCAAAGAUGAGCUUUUUCUCGAUCUCCGGUUUUCAAUAAUUAUUUAUAAAGUGAGUUAUAUAGUAGUGAGUUUUCAUAAAACUACAGUACAAGAAUUCAUACUGUUAUAUCGAUAUAUCUAUUCAGGUGUACUUCGAGCUGUGAUGUUUGUUAAAGAUAUACUUCCAGCUGUUAUGGGAAGGUGUGCAUGUUUCUAAGUAGAUGAAGUAAAGAGUAAACAACAAAUCGUCAGUAAACAGUUUGAUAUCCAUUUUAUCAGAUAACAUUCAGACAUGAGUACAUUGUCCAAUAUUUAUAACUGAUAGUCAAACAAGCGAAGCAUUUACUUUUAUUGUAUUUCUGUGCGUUGAGUAUGAAGAUAGCACCUAUAUUUCACCUACAGUUAUAGAUAGACUACCAAGUUUACUGAUAUGGAAAUUCUGAACUGACUUUCGAUUGUGAGACUAAACAGACAUCGCAAUAGUGCUAAUGCUAACUAUAUGAAGCACGUUUUUAAUUUCUGCUUGUUGAUGUAUUUAAUGACUUUUGCACGGUGCUACAUUUAUUAAUUUGAGAAUUCACAAUUCCAAGACAUUGCAUUUUCAGAGUUGAUGUAGGUAUUAAAAUUUAUUUUACUUUUUUGAAGCUACUGCAUGUGAUUAAAGUAACAAACGACUACAAUAACGACUAAAAUCUCACACAUGGAUACUUUUUCAUUUAUUGAAGUAAGUAAAGUUUUGGUCUUCUAAGAUAUUCGAUAAUGCUGAAAAGAUACAAGUAAAUAAUUUGUUUGAAGGUAAUUAUUAAGUGUAAUGUUGUGAAAGUACUAGCGCGUUUAAUUUGCCUGAGAUUUUGCUUGAGGUAGUUUCCUCACCGGUAAUGACAGUUGCUAUACAUUUUGAAUUAAUUUAAAAUGGAGAAUUAUGCAACGAAAUAGUUUUGUUUAUUUCAAAAAUCCUUUUGCAUUGACAUAAACUUUAAAUCAAACAAUUAAAUGUUAUUUUUAAUUAAGUUAAAUACUUCAAUAUGCUCUUCAAGAAUGUGUAUCUAUGAAUUUAAAAAAAAAUGCUUUUGUGUAGAAUAUUUAAGUUGUGAAAUUUUCUAAAGUUCAAUUAAAGGUUUAUACUUCCGGAAUAAAAUAUGUAUAGUAAUAAGACAAAAUGAAAUCAUUUUCGUCAAAAGAUACUUCCCAUUUCUUGUCUGUAUUGAUAUCAAGCUAUGGUGGAUAUUGCUUUAACAACCUCGAGUUUUUUUUUUUUUUUUUUUUUUUAAACAAUACACAGUGGAACCUCGAUAUAACUGAAAUAAUCGGGACUGGACCACCGUCGGUAAAUCAAAAUUUCCGGAUGUCAGAAUGAUACUUAAAGUAGCUGUUAAGAGAUAGUGGAAUUUUAACUCUGUGAACCUGCUAAACAUUAUUGUAAAUAUGAAAAAUAGUUUUUAUAAAUAAAUAUUACGCAAUCCAGAAAAUACAGUGUAAGCAAAAUAAGACGUCUGAUAGUAAACUUUAAUCGUAAUUUUGUUAUCAAUAAUGCAGGCAACUCUUUUUUUUUAUUUUUUUAAAUCAAAACAUAAAUUUGUAAUGAAGAAAUAAUUACUUAAUUCAGGAAUACUUUAGUUUCACAAUCAAACACUUUUUAGUUUAACAGCAUUUCAAAAUUUAAAGGUGUUUCAAAAAUGUUCAAAAAAUUUACUUGUGGGGGUAAUUUAGCUUUUACAGGGAGAAAUAAAAAUGCGUUUAAAUAAUUUAAUUCCUAUAAUAAAAAUGGUUUCCUGCCGUUGACCUUUUUAUUUAUAUUACUUCAGUUACUAAACGAGGUUUCGGUUAAAAGAGUGUCGUGUAAUCGAGGUUUUGCUGUUAUUAGUUCAUAACUAUAAUAAGUAUAAUGAGAUAAUUUAAUUGCAAACAAAUUUUUAGAUUAUUUUGGUUUGAACUUUAAAUUGAGAAAUAAAUAAUGUGAACAAAUUUUAGUUUAAUCUUUAAAAAAAAGGAGAAGAAAAGAAAAGAAAAAAAAAAUAUAUAUAUAGCCUAAAAGUUAUUUAAAUUUGUUGGUUUGUGCGGGUAAAUGUAUCUUUCAAAAUAAUUUGGAUAUCCAUAUCUUAAUGCCAUGUUAUUUAAAGUAAUCAUAAACGCAUUACCAUAAAAUAUGGAGCUCAACUUCACGAAUUUAAUAUUUUGCACUUUUUUUUAACAACUGUUGCAUUUCAAUUUACCUUUUCAGAGGUUCACGUUGCAUACGUUUAUGUUAGUAUUGUUCUAAUAUUGAUGACUGUCAUCGGUACUCAUCAAUAUGAGUCCGCAGAGCAAUAUGAGUCCCAUUUAAAUUAAAUAAGGUAUUUAAAAUUCAACAGUUCUUUUAAGAUAUCCUAAUGUUACCACAAAAUCAAAAUAGGCUCAAAGCUAUUUUAUUUUUAUUCAUUUAUUAGGAUUUGCUUAUGAGGGCGCAUUGUUUACG